GUGGAACUUGACAUCGACUAUUGUGUCUGUGAUUCAUUCAUAUAUUGUUACAAUUUACAUUAACGAAAUACAAAUCUAAACUUCAUUGACCAUUCAUUUUUGGUUGGUUCGCUCCAGUUAGUUGCUGCUACUAGGCAAGAAGAAUGGGGGAAGUAAGGAUAUCUCGAUGGUACUUUGGAGGUCUUGCCUCUGCUGGUGCAGCAUGUGUAACUCAUCCUUUGGAUUUGUUGAAAGUACAAAUGCAGACCCAAAAAGGAAGAAAUGUGUCAAUGUUCAAACUCACCCAAAUAGUUUUGAAAAAUCAAGGUAUAAUGGGAUUGUAUAAUGGAAUAUCAGCAUCUCUUUUACGUCAGCUUACAUAUUCAACAGCAAGGUUUGGUAUUUAUGAAGUUGCAAAACAAACUUUGGCACCUAAAGAUGGUCUGCCUAUUCCGUUCUAUAUGUCGGCUUUAUUAGCUGGUCUUGGCGGUUUUGCUGGUGGUUUUGUUGGUAAUCCAGCUGACUUAGUCAAUGUCAGGAUGCAAAAUGAUGUGAAACUUCCCCCAGACCAAAGAAGAAAUUACAAAAACGCAAUUCAUGGUUUGUAUCGAGUUGCGGUACAAGAAGGAGUCUUGCGCUUAUGGGCUGGUGCAUCAAUGACUUGCAGCCGAGCUGCAUUGAUGACUAUAGGACAACUAUCUUUCUAUGAUUUAAUAAAGAGCUUGCUCACUACCACACCAUACUUUGGUGAUAAUAUUUCAACACAUGUCACUUCAAGUUUAUUAGCCGGCGCGAUAGCAACAACUAUGACACAACCAGUAGAUGUACUGAAGACUAGAGCAAUGAAUGCCAAGCCAGGUGAAAUCAAAGGUAUACUAAGUUUAAUAAUGGGAACAGCCAGAGAAGGGCCUCUCGCAUUCUUCAAAGGAUACAUUCCAGCAUUUGUGAGAUUAGCACCGCACACUAUACUGACAUUUGUAUUCCUCGAACAACUUAGAAUUAACUUUGGAUUUCUCAAAGUACAAAAAGUAGAAUAGAGGCCAAAGUACUUUUCAAAUAAAACAUUGACUAUUAAAAUUCAGAUUUAUAGAAAAUAUAUAAAUAAUAAAUAGAUACUUUUAAAAGUAUCCUCAGUUUUGACAUAUAUUGAAUGUUGUAUGGCCUAAUUUGUGUUCAAAGUCAUGUUCCUAAUAGGGGAAUUCAAAGUUUUCCGUCUAGCUAAAUGUAGUGUUUACAAUGUACACUUGACAAUAUUUUAUGCCAACUAUUAUUAUUUAUUUUUACACUUUGACGAAAUAUAAAAUAGAUUUGACUUAUAACUAUUAAUUAAAUGCUGUAACAAAAAUUCAAAACAGUUUAUCUGUUGAAUGUAUUGAUACAUAUAAAUCAUUGACUAAAAAUCGUCACUAUGUUCAAUCACGAUUAUUAUCCUAUUUAUGGUCUAAUUAUUAGUAAAAUUGUAAAAAUAUAGCACAUAUAUUUAUAACGCUAGAGUUUCUAUGUAAAGCGGUUAUUGCAUAGUAAUUAAGUUACCAGUGAAUAAUUUCCUCUUGUGAUCUGGAUGCUGUGGUGAUAAUUUAUUAUUUUGUAUGUAAAUCGUCUCCAAGACGUAGGGUACAUUGUAUCAUGUUGACUGUGUUAAUAAUUUAUAUUUUUACAUUGCAUGAAAUGGCACAAAUAUUUAUUUGCAUAUAAUUUAAGUUUAAGCUUGAUUUAGUUGCAUUUAAUGUUACAAUUAUUUUUCAAUUAGACUUAGUUUUGCAAAGCUUUCCAUUUUUUACUUUAAGUAGUAAAUUCUAAUAUUCAAGGCUCUUGCUUACGAACUAACAAUAUGUGGUAGUAAUAAUUACUUGCAAUGCUAUACUACCAGCUUUAAAGUUACUCUUCCAUUAAAAGAACUAAAUAUGUUUAACUAUUUUUUAUUUUGCUUUAAUGCUUUUAAUUAUUUUAAUGCAUUUAUACUCUGUGCCAAAUAGACGUCACUUGUUUAUAGAUGUAAUAUUUUUUGAUGUUUUUAAAUCGGUCAGCCGACAUUCCUUAGGAAAAUUUUAUUUAAAUUAGUAAUUUUAAGUUAUGUGGCCUAUGAAAUAACGACAUAAGUUUCUGGAUUUGGUGAUGUUUUUAUUUACCGUGAUAAUAAUAUAUUUAUCGUUGAAAGUUUUAAAUCUCUAAUGUCUUCAGCACAAAUUUAUCACUGUAUCUUCCAAGAGUAUACAUAUAGAAAUAUUUUCUAGAAAUUAAUCUUUAGAUGCAUUUUAACCAAUGUUUAUUCAUGUAUAUCUAUAGUAAUGAAUUCACAAAUAAGUGUAGAAAAAUAUUUUGUCAUAUAUGUGGUUGUGUAU